AUGCCUCAGUAUCACACCCCCACCGGUACAGUCUCGUAUCCAGAUGCAAAAUCAAGCUUUCCCAAAUUUCCGCAGGUUGGGUUCGGUCGCGCCGUCGCUAUCGGAGUUGGUGCCGGGUUUGUAGGAGCCUUAGUCAUGUCUGGGUCGAACAAAAUCGAGCAGUUCUUCACUGGUCGCCCGGAUUCCUACGUACCCGCACGAACAAUGGGCAACCAUCUAGGCGUCUCACCGGAAUUCUACAAGCGUCACACUUUCCUGUUGAACCAUGCACAUCAUUUUGGCAUGGGAAUGCUUGCUGGACCAUUCCGAGCAGUCAUGUCUUACUACGGUGUCAUCGGACCGGUUGCUGUCUUUAUGCAUACGGGUCUUCGCAUCAUGCUGGAUCAAUUGAUGGAGACUACCGCGAAUGUGUCAGCGGCUCCUUGGACAUGGCCGAUCAACGAGCAGGUCAUCGACAUCCUGCAUAAGGGAACGUAUGCACUUGUCACUGGCUAUAUAUGCGACAAGAUGGUAAGGGGCGUAGAUUGGUUUAACAGCUAA